UCUCUAUUCGUCGCCUGUCUGUCACACCACCUCCAAAUUUACCAAACAAGCCCCCCCUGUGGCCCUCUGGGAGGAACGGUAUGUCCGGUCCGUGAGAGCAACAUUCAAAGGUUCUGUCAUCGCGGCUUCCAGUCUUGGGCGGACACAGGUAUAGCAGUUGACGCCCGCAAACGCACAUUGUCAUAAGCGUGUCAACCGCAGACGACUUACCACCAUCAUGAACUUCAUAUGCAUCCUCGCGAUUCUCCUCAUCACCCUGGGGUCGAGUCAUGGGAGAAGGACGGACUCCCCUGGGACCGAGCGCCGGCGCGGCUGUAAGGAGGGCCGCGCACGGAAGGUGUUCAACAUGGUGUUAGAAGUGUGUGACGGUAAGGACUGGAUACCCAUAGCGGCGGACAUGCAGGAGAUGGAAAACGGCUUGAAGAAACUGAACAAGGAUGUCCGCGAGUUGGAGAUGGGCCUGGUACAGAACCCUCCCCGGGGCUGUAGUGACGUGCGCACACGGUACCUUCAGCACACAGGAGAGGACCCAGAGGAAGGCUACUACCACGUCAGACCCAGCACUGACAUGUACAAGGUCUACUGUGAAUUCCCGGAGUCGGCGGCCAGCUGGACGCGCGUGGGAUUGUGGGAUCAAUCCUGGGAGUAUGACGGUGAGAAGGAGAACCUGACCGUGAGCCUCCUGUCUGACAGGGACCACAAGAUGAUCAGGGAAUCCAAUUUCAGCAAGGUCUCAAUCAACUGCGACAUCUCCCUUAGUUUCAAGGCUGACGCAGUCAACAACCCCACCACGCUGGUGGCUCUGGAACUGCAGCGGAAAAAUAACGAGUCACGUAGCGUCAACGUCACCAUUCCGACAGGAGACAGGGAGAGCUACACAAGGGUUCGUCUCAUGCGGAGCUCCUGUACGAAAUUAAUUUGUCAGGAAAAGAUUGGCCAGCCGACCCAGUGUGGAGAGGGUGGUCUCCCCUCUGCGGGUUCAACUUCUCCUGAUCUCCUCCUGACACAGCUCCAGUUCCUACCGCAGGGCCGGCGUCGCAGCGCCUUCUCCUUCCAUGGGACAUUCUAUUACGCCUUGUUUGAAUGAUAGAUGUCAUCAUAUAACCACUGUCAAUACCCGAGAGCUGGCUCAGUCAAAUAUACAUGUUGUGUCGUGUAAUGAAAUAGGAUUAUAGGAAGCAAAGCAACAUUUUAAUCUCAUUGCAAAAGUAAAAAAAACUCAAUUGUUCACUUUUAGAGUUAACGUUAACUAUCUGUUUAUCAGUCCAUAAAACUGUCAAUUCCAUUUCUGCAUGAUUGUUGCUGAAUUGAAUGUCAAAAGCAUCUAUGUAAAAGUCAGAGAAGAUAGUAAAAAGUUCAUGUUUGUGGGUAUACAUUCCUUCUGUAUUUAAUGUCUUCAGUUCUUUAAAGCUUGUAGCAAUAGGGAUGUAACUGAGUCUUGAGAAGUCACUCAUCCAACCAUGUGAUGCUUCAGAAUAAAUACAAUUUGGCUUUCUACUA